CGCGGGGGCUCCCGGCGCGGGAGCGAGCCGCGACCCUCGUGCUGAGCCCGGGCCCCGCAGUGCCCCCCGAGCAUGAAGACCCUGGCCCGGCUCUUCCUGUCUCUGGUGUGUGCGGCGCUGGGUGCUGUGCUCUACGUCCUGCUGUGCAACCAGGCCUGCCCCUGGGACUGCUACCGGCCCCCGGCGCAGUGGGGCAGCCCCACAGCAUCCACCGCCCCCCGCUUACAGGGGUACAGCCGCGUCCCUGACGGGAAGCCACUGAAGCGGACCCAGUGCCGCCGCUGUGCCAUGGUCUCCAGCUCGGGGCAGAUGCUGGGCUCGCGCCUGGGCCAGGCCAUCGAUGGGGAGGAGUGUGUCCUGCGCAUGAACCACGCGCCCACCGCCGGCUACGAGCAGGACGUGGGCACCCGCAGCACCGUGCGUGUGGUGUCACACACCAGCGUCCCCCUGCUCCUCAGGAACCAGCGCUACUUCUUCCAGCAGUGCCGGGACACCCUGUACAUCAUCUGGGGGCCGGCGAGGAAGAUGAGCAGGGAGAAGGGGGGUUCCACCUACCAGGCGCUGCUGAAGGUGAUGCAGAUGUACCCGCACCUGCAGAUCUACACCCUGACCGACGAGAAGAUGAACUAUUGUGACAACAUCUUCCAGAAGGAGACAGGCAAGAACAGGAUGAAGUCUGGCUCCUUCCUGAGCACAGGCUGGUUCACCAUGAUCCUGGCUAUGGAGCUGUGCGAGCAGAUCCGUGUCUUCGGCAUGGUCAGCGACAGCUACUGCAGGGAGAAGAACCACUCGAGUGUGCCCUACCACUACUUCGAGCAGGGGAAGCUGGAUGAGUGCAGGAUGUACCUGAUGCACGAGCGAGCCCAGCGCGCCGGGCACCGCUUCAUCACCGAGAAAACCAUCUUCUCCCGCUGGGCCAAGAGCAAGAACAUCACCUUCACCCACCCGUCCUGGGCAGGCGGGUAGGGAGUGAGCCAUGGGGCGAGGCAGCAUCCUGCAGUGACUUGCCUUGGCUGCACCAGUGCCUCUAUAGCAGCAGGGCUGGUUCCUCCAGCUGCUGGGUGGGCUGGGACACCCCCCACCCCCCCAUGUUGAUGCACAGGGGCAUGAGCUGGACCCAUAGAGCCCCUUUGGCACCAAGCACCUCUCCGAUGGAUCCAGUGAGACCACAAAGGGUUUCCACCUGCUCUGCUGGGGUGAAUGUUUAAUGCAGGAUGGAACAUUCAGGCUGCUGGGCUCCAGCAUGACAGCGGCAGAGCUCAGGGCCGUGAGCCGAUGGAGCUCCUCACCCCACUGAUGCCCUGCUUCCUGGUGCUUGAUGUGGGGUGCAGGGCUCCCCCAUCCUGCUGCCUUCUGCUGCUCUGCACCAGGGCAGGUCCCUGUGGUCCCCUGCAUCCCCUUAACUGGAUGCCCUGGGGUCACACACAGCUCAGGGGGGGCUUGAAGUUGCCUCAUCACAAGUGCCCUUGGAUUCAGACCAAAGCAAACGUGGCCAUUAAACUCAGUUUUAACUCGA